AUGAAUAGAAAUGAAGGUAUUGUCAUCGUUGGAGCGGGCAUUAUCGGCCUCAAUGUUGCUCUUGUCCUCUCCGAGCGCGGCUACGGGCGUUCCAUCACCAUAUUGGCCGAGCACCUGCCCGGUGAUACUUCCAUAGCUUACACGUCGCCUUGGGCGGGGUGCAACUUCUCGGCCAUUUCUGGCAGUAGCCCGAACGAGCUGAAGUGGGAUCGGCUUGGAUAUGCACAUCUGACCAAGCUCGCGUCCGAGAAGCCAGACGAAUCAUUCGUCAAGCGGACGCCGUCAACUGAGCUCUGGGAUGAGGAGAUACCGUAUGACAAAAUCGAGGCCAUGGGAGAAUAUCUUGAGGACUUCCGUAUUCUUCCAGACUCAGAAUUACCAGAGGGCGUCAAAUAUGCCGUGUCUUUUACCACCGUUACAAUCAACGCUCCAAAGCAUGUGGAGUACUUAUAUCAUCGCCUGAAAGACCAGUACGGCGUACGUGAUGGUGCGACAUACUCUUAUGAGACCGAAUCCAUCUUAGACCGGACAACAAGACUCAGUUCAGAGCUCCGAAAAGAUAAACCUGAGAUUCUGGCUGUCUUCGCUGGGCUCAGGCCUUCUCGGGAAGGUGGUGCACGAGUCGAGAGAGAUCAGGUAUCGGUGGCCGGAAAGAAGCGCACCGUCGUCCACAAUUACGGUGCUGGCGGUACCGGGUUUCAGGCUGGCUAUGGUAUGGCAUGGGAAGCUGUGAGAACCGUCGAGGAUAUCCUACGGGAACUUAGGGGCCAAAAUCCUCAGCCGCACUUGUAG